UGUAAGGAAUUUCCUCGAUCUGAUUGAAUUACGCGAGUAGUCAGGUCAAUGAAUCAGAUUGCUUAAUACCAAUACGGAACGUUGUUAAAUUCGCAAACGUAUCAUCAGUAUGAUCGAUGAAUUCAUUCCGAAUACAGUGAGUUGCAAUAUUGUGAAAUUUAUCUAACAACAAAUUAGUGAAUAAGAACAUUGAAUGUUGUUUCUUUGUUAUUUACAGGUAGGAUUAAUAUUCUAGAUCAUAGAAACACAGCUGUUUUUAUUACAACCAGAAAGAUACUUAAUAACAUUAUAAAACAACAUUCUGGUUUUAAAUCACUAUGGAAAAGUUGAAGUUCACAUUCAAAAUGCUGGCUGCUUCAGAUGGAAAGUCAAAUGUGCUUUGUGUGACCAGAAUAACUACAACGGAUGGAAAUACAUUCAAAAUCCCAAAUGAGUAUUCAAAUGCAUUAUUACAUGUAGAAUUACUAAAAACUGCGGCAUAUACAAAAAUCAAGAAAACUUGCUCACAAAGAGGCCAAACAAGGAGAGUGUGGGUGAGUUUAACAAAAGAAAUGAGAAAUACUUAUUUCGAUGAGGAUGGAAAUAUCCAGUUUGAAAGCGUAUACUUAGAGGAAGUGAGUGAAGAAAGCAGUGACACAACUACAAGUACUAGUGCUCCAGAACAUUCAUUAGAAAAAUUAUUAGAGAAGAUACUGAAGAAAAACCAAGAAAAUAGUGGAGAGAGAAAUGUGGGUAAAUUGGCCACAGAAUUUACUAUCGGAAAAUUUGAUGGAAAAAAUGCAAAUGCAGAGCAAUGGUUAAGAAGUUUUGAAAAAGAAUGUGAAAGAUUCGAAAUUGAUGAAAAUUGUAAUAAAAUAGAAAUUUUGAAAUCAUUUAUGGAAAAAGUUGCUGCAGAUUGGUAUGAUUGUACUCUAUUGAAACUCACUAUCACAGCAGAAUGGAAUGAUUGGAGAGAAAAUUUUUGUAAGACUUUCUCAUGUAUAGGUUGGUCUCCAAUAAAAUAUGCAAUAGCAUUUAGAUAUCAAGCGGGCUCACUAUUAGAAUAUUCUAUGAAGAAGGAAAAAUUACUAUUACAAGUAAGAAAAACUAUGGAUAGUGAUACGCUUGUUGAUCUUAUUGCUAUGGGUUUACCCAACUUCAUAUUAGACAAAAUUGAUAGAGAAAAAAUAGUAAAAUCUGAAGAUCUACAUAAUGAAUUGAAUAAAUUAGAACAUUUAACCAUGAAAAAAAAUUCAGAAGUCAAAAAGUUUAAGCCUGACUUUAAAGGAAAAACGGAAAAAAUACCUUGUAAAAUAUGCAAAGAUAAUAACAAAGGAACAAGAUUUCAUCCCGAAAUGGAAUGCUGGUUUAGAGACCCAGAAAAGAAAGGUAACAAACUGAGACAAGUAAAUAACUUAACUUUAGAUGUAGAAUUAAGUACCGAUGAUACAAAAAACUAAUCGUACCACCAUUAAUUGAACUCAAAAUUAGGUUGAAUGAUAUUUUGGAAAUACCUGCAAUUUAUGAUCCAGGAUCAAAUGUAUCAUUGAUAAAUGCUAAAUUGAUUAAUGUAAAGACAAAAAAUGGCUAUAAAAAGAAAACUAAUUUGAGAACGAUUAAUGGUGUUCAUGAAACAGAUGGUAUGGUAAAAUUAAAAAUAAAAAUAUUAAAUAUAGAAAAAUAUGUAAACGUGUUCAUAAUCAAUAAUGAAAAUUUCAAGUACAAUUUCCUUAUAGGCCUAGAUUGUAUUCAAAAAUUUAAGUUGAUACAAAAUGAAAGAUUAGAGAUAGAACAAAAAGAUUCCGAAUCUAAUAUAUUAAUGAAUGAGUAUCAAAUUAAUUUUAAUGAACAUGUAGAGAUAAAUACUUUUAAUAUUUCAAUGAAUCAUUUGAAUAAUAUUGAAAAAAAAGUUAUAACAGAUUUAGUAAACAAAUAUAAAAAUAUUUUUGCUAAAGAUAAGUACGAUAUAGGUACCGUAAAAGACUAUGAAGCAAGAAUUGAUCUCAUAGUAGAUAAAUAUUGUAGUAAAAGGCCUUAUAGAUGUACAAUUGAUGACAAGAAAGAAAUAGAAGUACAAAUAUCUCAAUUACUUGAAAAAAAUUUGAUAGAAGAAUCAUAUAGCCCUUUUGCUGCCCCGGUAACU